AUGGAUCUCACUCCGCAAAACUUAUCCACCGUAGAACUGAAAUUCGCCCGUGAACGUUGCAGGAGCUCAGGCUGUGAACGUCGUGUCCGUCUCCAGCCAGGUAAGCUGAGCUUCGCCAGCUGCCUCGGAGGGUUGAGGUUGAAUGUGGCCCACUCCGCUGCCAGUGUGAGGUCGUCUCCCGCUCGGUCCACUGUGGUGGUGCGUGCCGAGGACAGCGUGGUCGACGAAGUGGAGAAUGCCGCCGGCGCGGCGUACAACAAGGCCAAGCAGACCGCGGGAGCUGUGAAGGACAAGGUGCAGGACGCCGCGGGCGCCGCGAAGGGGAAGCUCGAGGACGCCGGAAACUUCUUGUCGGGCAAGGCCGACGAAGCACAGGACGCAGCCAAGGACGUGGGUCGCGAUGGCCUGAACGAGGCCGAGAAGCUGGGUGACAAGGCCACCGACAAGGGCCGGGAAAUCGAGGGCAGCGUCAAGAGCGCCACCAGGGACGCCCGUGGCGAGGCUGAGAAUGUGGGCGACAAGGCGCGGAACGCCGUGCAGGACGCCGCCGACUCCCUGAAGAAGAACGCCGACAAGGCGACGAGCUCUGCGCAGGACGCAGGAAAGAGCGCGGAGCGCAAGGCUGAGGACGUGGGCGACUCUGCCCGCGACACCGCGCACGACCUGAAGAGGGAUGCUCAGAAGGGAGCUGACCGCAUUCAGAACUAGACGGAGGACCAGCUGCAGCGACAUGUAGAAGUAGACGUUUGUGAAUCAAUGUGUGGAGCAUCCCAGAGUGUGUGGAUAAUGAUGUAACGAGGAUUUAGGAGUGUAGUGCAGCGUCGCGAUGAGGUGUAAAUCAUUUACAAUAUUGAAAGAUUUGCAAUGCAAUUCGUUUGGGGAAACAUGUGUGAAGAUGGCUCGUUGUUUCUGUCGAUGUCUAGGUCCGAAGUGCUGGCUGCUGUGGGGGCCGGCGAGUCUGCGAUGGCGAUGUGAAUGCGGAGAACUGGAAACGGGCAUUGGGUUGGUUAGAGGGAGGGUGCUCGGGGUUUGUGCCGUGGCCGACAAGCUGCAAGUGUUGUGAUUGGGUCAGAAGAUGGCAAUAACCAACGAUGUGUAGUCGGCAAUUCCACAUUGGAAGCGAUCUCUAUCACGUCGCGCAAGUGGGUUUCAUCACGUCGACAUCGGAAACAGGGACUGAAUGUGGCAAUGACGAGCUACAUUUGUUCGACGUGCACCUGGGAAGAAUUGGAGUUGUAGUAGAUGUUGGAGGAAAGUGCCCCACGAGUGCUCGUCAUGUCUUGCUUGCAGCUGGGAGUUCGUUCGCGAAUUUGGUUCCAGAAGAAAGAAGCGCUGACUCAUAAUGGACAUACCCUCAGAGUUUUCUCGCAUAUGGAUGUGGAGGUUGUUGUAUGCUGCGAUACUUUCAGCUGAAUGGUCUUCGAAAUCGGUAUAGGGUGCUGGGUGAUGACUUAGUUUCGAUGUCAUGUUUCGGUGCAAGGUUAGGGGAAUGUGCUGGCAAGCAGCGUGUAGAGUGAGGUGGAUUUUGGAGGUGGGACCAGUGGUUGGCGUUUCUGCACCGGUGACCAUUCAUUUCGUCACGGGACACGGCUAGGAACAGUGUCCCGAAUCACGGCACACAACCUCAUUUGGAAAUCGUGACGGUUGGAACUGCGAUGCAAACAUUAUGGAUCAACUUGUUUGGGACCGAUUCGUUUCAAGUGUAGAUUUUUUUGGUUUACAACUUUCGGUUGUACUUACCUUCAGAUUCUUCCUUCAGUCCACGAUGAGUAUUUUAGAUUUGUAAUUUGGUACUUCUGAUAAUAAAUCACCAUCUCUCUUCUUGAAAA